UUGAAGCUCAUGCGGGUUGCCAGAAUGUUGACACGCAAAUUAGUCAACUCAGCAUCCGUUUUAAAGGAUUUCUGGGCUUUAAGCUGUCUCCAUCUUCCAAAGGCAUCUCCAAUAUUAUCCUUGUUUUACUACGCCUCUGGUCAUGGUGGUUUUAGAUGGAUGGCGAGGCUUUUUAGGUCGGGUGGAAUCUGUUAUCUCUGAUCCAGUUGGUUUGCUGGCUUCCAUGGCUGCAGCACGCAGUGUUGUUUGCCUGCAAACUUAUUCAAGACCCGGCGGUGUCGAAAUACUAUUGGCUACAAAGAUGGAGAUGCCACUUUGGCUUGCCAAGGGCCUUUAUGAAAAGAAGAGGCGAGUACUGUCCGUGGAGCUGCCUAAGGUUUAUCGUCAGGGCUGGAGAACAGUGUUCGGAGCGGAUCCUACUGUUGUCGACCUUCACAAGAUGGGGCCUUAUUAUUAUGGGUUAGGCUCCCAGAUACUGCAUUUUGACAGCCCAGAAAACCAAGAGAUUGCUCAAACCGUCCUCCAGACUUUCAUUGGACGUUUCCGCCGGACCAUGGACUCGUCCCAGAACGCCUACAAUGAAGACACAUCAGUGCUAGUGGAGCGCUUGGACUGCUUAGAAAGGAGUUUGUUUAAGGCAGGACAGAGUGGACUGAACGGUUUCCAGCUGUGGGAAAAAGGUCGGUCCUCUCACCUGACUGCCUCUAGUCUAGUUAUCAACUACAGAAAGAGGAAAAUCGCCGACCUGCAGGCCUGAGAGCCAAUCAUAAACCAACAGAUCGAAAAGGACUUUGAAUUGGAAGAGAGAGACAUGCUUGUGUGUGUGAGAGGGUGUUAUUGAGAAAAUGUUAAGUAACCUAAAAACUUUUUGUAUUACUGUAAUGUAAACAGCUUUGUAUAGAAAAUAUUUCAAUUUAAAAAGUCAAUAAAUCAGCUUAUCCUGUUAUGCUCUAUUUUCAUAUUUUGAAGCUUCAUAACAGGCAUUAAGGAUAAUGUUUAGGGAUGCAAAUUGCUCACCUUUUUUAAAGCUAAUUUGCCUGAAUCUUUUGGUACAAUUUUCUGCAUUUAACUUAUUGAAAUCACUUGAAAGGGGUAAGCUUAAACACUUAACACAAUACAACAAAUAAAUCAACUGAAAAUGUACUCCUGGAACACCUGCUAUAACCUUUUCACCUUUUUCACUGGUCAAGAUGAUGUGAUUGUUAUGAAGUAAUUGCCAAUACUUGCAUUCAUUCACCCUAAAGAGAAUGGAGAUUCAACUUUGACAGACAGUUUUAAUCCAGGUUUUUCUUAGCCUGGGAAUAACGAGUUUCCAAUUACUGCUGUCAGUUGUUGAUCCCGGUAAUGAAAACAUGGUAACACUUUACAAUUAUGAGGUUGCAUUUGUUAACAUUAAUGUAGUUAAUGCAUCAGGUAUCAUGUUUUGUUUCCCCCAGCAUGUAUAUAUCUUGGUUAAUGUUAAUUUAUCAAAAUAUAGUUCAUUGUUUUGUCAUGUUAAUUCAUAUUGCAGUAACUAAUAUUAAUAUAACUUUUAAUACUACAGUGCAUAAUUUCCACCCCACUAAACAGAAUUGCAAAAAAUAUACUUUCUUGAAUACCCCUCCUCAAUGUUGCUGUUUCGAGCAGUCGGGCCACUCAAACAAACAGCAAUAGUUUUAUUGUGCCACUGAAAUACUGUUUACGGUUUUCAAGGAAAUCAACCAUACUAGUGGCUCACUUAUAGUUGUCUCUGCAUAUUAAGCUGGUGUAGGAGAAAGUAUUUUAACAGUUACAAACUUCAGCUUUAAUGUAAGACAUCUACUGGUAAACAAGUAUGUCCAAAUUAACAUUAGCCACAAUUAAUAAAUGCUGUAAAAGAAUUGUUCAUUGAUAGUUCAUGUUAAUUAUUGAGUUUAUAAACGUAUAAAAAAAAAAGGUUACAGAAGACAUUUCAACAAUGAUUGUUUCCAGUGUUUACAGCAUAGCUGACAUAAUUCACAGUAAUGCUUUUAUGCUAUCAAACUGUAUAAGGGAGUUGGUUUCUGUUAAUUUGAGACUUUAUAUUUGGAACACUGGAGGUGACAUUCAGAUGCGUCACCAGGUUGUGUGUGUGUGUGUGUGUGUGUGUGUGUGCGAGCCUUGUUUACGUCAGUCAACUCAAGGGCAAAUCAAAUGACUGUAUCUCCACACCUCGCUGCCUCUCUCUCCUUACCUCUCGCCCCAUUAUACAAACACCGCAAGUCAGCCUACCCUUCAGAUUUUGCAUACAUUUGAAUCCGAAAGCACUUUCAAGUUACAGAUUUCAAACGUCUUGGCCUUCUCGAUUUAAUGUGCAUAUUUAUGAAUACAGAGUCCCAGCUGCUUGUUCAUGUGUAAAAUGUGGGGCAGCUGAUGAGGACAACCUUUUCGGAAUGGAAGUUAUUGAUAUAUCCCUCUGGGAUGGUCUUAUCGACCCUGUUAUCACUGUGCAGCCUCGGCUGAGUUGGUUUGGGUGGGGCAGGAGGAUUUAUUGACUUUUUGAGAGGUCUGAUUAAACUAAAGAGAAGUCACUCAUUGCCUACAGUCCUCUUGAUGUUACAUCAUUUGGUGGCUUGGUUACAUAUAUUUUUCUCUUUUCGAGGUGGUAUAUACACUACCGUUCAAAAGUUUAGGGUCACUUACUAAUUCUUUAUUUAUUUAUUUUUUUCUUCACAUUUUAGAAUAAUAGUAAAGUCAUCACAACUAUGGAAUAAUAGAAAUGGAACUAUGGGAAUUAUGUUGUGACUAAACAAAAUCCAAAAUAAAUCAAAACUAUGUUAUAUUUUAGCAUCUUCAAAGUGGCCACACUUUGCCUAGAUUUCGCAGAAAUAUACUCUUGACAUUUUCUCAACCAACUUCUUGAGGUAUCACCCUGGGAUGCUUUUUAAACAGUAUUGAAGGAGUUCCCAUCUAUAUGCUGGGCACUUAGUGGCUGCUUUUCUUAAUUAUUCGGCUUUUUUAAAAAUAAAAUUUUAGUUUUGUAAUUAAAUAAAUUAAUAUGUUGGCAUAGUUAUAUUUUUGUCUACAAAACUAAUUUCAAACAUUUAAGCAUACGCCUUCAGAUCAAAAGGUUUUUAAGAUCAUGAGACACAUUUCAGGCAAGUGACCCCAAACUUUUGAAUGGUAGUGUAUGUCAUUGGGGUUAAAGCUUAGGGCUAGUAACCAGAAGGUUGAUGGUUCAAUCCCUGCAAGGAGCCAGUCAUGAGCUGUCACCAUUGUGCCCUUAAGCAAAGACUGACACUGUAAUACUCACUUUGGAUAAAAACAUCUGCUUAAUAUCUAUUUUAUGUUGGGAAUAUUUACUACUGUACUGCUUAUUGCCUGCAUUCCAUGCUCACUUUAAAAAUCCUAUUUUCGUUUCUUAGCCUCUUAGUGAUGGGAAGAUCGGAUCAUUGAGCCUCGUUCAGCAAAAUGAACGUAUCUUUAUUCAAGUCAUUUUGUUUAUCAUGUGACAUAGGCUCUACAGGAAACAGAAUUGAUUAGUUCACCUCCGGAGUUCGGAUCUGAGUCUUCGUUCAUUUGACACGUGACCUCCAGGCUCAGCACUCAUUCACGAAUGACAAUUUUUGGUCUUUUUUCAUUUUUUUUUAAUUUACAGCUCACAGUCACUGUGUUACAGUUGUUUGUAUUGUGAUCAGUAAAUGUUAGU